AUGCUAAAAAAUACUUAACAUAAAAAAUUACCAUUGUAGAAAUAUCUAAGUAGAUUUCGUAUAUGCACUCUCAUCCUUCUCCUGAAUAUAUUCAUAAUUGCAUUAAUAGUCCCACUAAUUCUGGGAGUUUACCAAAUCAACACAAAUCUAGUCUAUCAUUAUUUUGAAGAAUCUGCUAUGAUAGCAUUCAUAAAUCAGAAUAAUAGAAGUUUAAAUUCUAUUAUGAAUUCUUAAGUGGCUUAAUUAAAAAGUAUGAUGAAUAGAAGUAUUAUUAUUGUUUAUUAUUUAGCUGAGAGAACGUUGAAUAGCUUAUAAAAAAUGUAUCUUCUUGGCUAACAUUAUAAUUUUACUAUAAAUCAAAAUCCAGAUAUUUGUCAUGCUUAAUUUGAAGAUGAAGAUUAAUUCAAAUAUAACUAUGAAGGCUAUUGUGUCAAUAUAUAUGAUAUAGAAUUCAAGGAAUAUAAGAAUUUACCUGAAUAUGAAUACUUUUAGAGGGAUUAUAAAUUUGUAUCCCUUUUGAAUGAAUGCAUAAUGUAGUUGGAUCCUACUCAAUUAUUUUUACCAGAUAAUAUUUAUUUUAGUAAGAUUGACAGAGAAUUUACAGCUUGGUGGCCUUAAUGGAAUAGAAUAUAGAAUUAUCAUCCCUCUUAAAGAACAUGGUAUAUCUAACAUUUAGAGAAUUAUGAUUUAAAUCCUAAUCAAAGUUGUUUCUAAUCUGAUAUGUAUCAAUUUUUUGCUGAAUAUCCUGUAAUGGCAAUAACUACUACUUGUAGUUUAAAAGAUGAAAAUCAUAAAUUAAUAGCUGUAUUGGCUUCAGAUUAACAAUUACUUGGUAAAUAUUACAAACAUCCCAGAUUAAAUGUGAUGAUUGUAAAUGUAGAUGGAUUAUUAGUAAUUAGUACAAUGGAGAAUCAAUUAAUAGCAAAUUCAACUGAACUUGGGUAUUUUUAUGAAUAAAAUGUAACUGGUUUCAAUAAGGAAGAUUGGUAUUAAAUAGUUAACUUUAUCUAAAAUAAUUCCUUUUAAUCAAAUUGUCAAUAUUUUUCAAAUCUUAAUGAUAUAUUGUGUCUUCAUAAUUCAUUAUUGAAAUAGGAUGUUUUCUUCUAAGUAUAAAACUUAACAAAACCAAAUUUUAUAUUCAUAUUGUAAAUUAUUAUUUUAUAAUUUGGUUAGAUUCUUUAAUUUGACUGAUGAAAUUUAAUAAUUGAUUGAUUAAUAAGAAAUUAUAUAAGAAAUCAAUAGAGAGUAAUAUUUUAAUAUCCUAAUAUUGAUAUCAAUAGCUUUAUCUAUUGUGAUGAUUCAAUUAAUCUGUGUUUAAAUAAUCUUCCUUCCACUAAAUGAUUUAAUUAAGCAUUCUAGAGCUUAUCUUAGAUCUAACUCUCAUAGACUACUUUUCCGAUAAAAAGAAUUUUACUUAUAUAAUUUUUAUAUUGAUGGUUAUGCAAGCAGUAUUUAUAUUAUUAAUUUUAGAUAAUAUUUUAUUAGGUUUAAAGUUGGCAUACAAAUAAAUCUAUCACAGAAUAAGUAAAUAAAAUUUUAAGAAAUGUGAUUAAUGUUAGAUUAUAUAGAAAUUUUAGUAUCCAUUAAAUAAAAUAAGAUCAAAAUGUCAUUUAAAUAAAUAAAUGGAUUUUGAAUACUCUAUUAAAUUAACAGAUUAUCAAAUAAGAAAAUAAAUAGUUUAGCCUUGUUUAAUCAAGUCUUUUGAUUAUUGA